AUGACAUUGAUAGAUUCUAUUCCUCAAUUAGUAGUUGUUUUAAUCAGUAGUUUGAUUCUUUUUUUUCAAUAUGUUAAAAUUAAAUAUCAAGUUACAUUUAAUCAAGAUAUAAAUGUCUUUGAUCAAAAUGAUGACAUUGUUGAAAAUGAUAGAAGGCUUCCGUCUAUUUUUAAAAAAGAUAUUAUAAAACUCAGUAUAUGUUUAUUACAAACUGGAUUUUAUGCAUUUUUAUUAGUAAAUAUAAUAUUAUCAGCAGUAGCUGCCUAUAUUACACUGACAACUCCAAGAGGCCCACAUUUAGUACAACCUGAUGGCAGACUAGUAUUUGCUACUAGUUAUUGUUCUCUCUUAGAUUUUUUGUUAUUUUCAACAUUGAGUGCAUUAAUGCAUCGUGCACACAACCAAGGAAAAUUAGAUGAUCAAGAUUUGGAUGCGUUAUCUUACGAAUAUAGAGCUUCAACAUUGUAUAAUAAAAUCAAAAAAUGGCGUGGUAGUAGAUUAUUAUUUAGAUUGUUUAAAGCUAAUAAAAGCGUUAUUAUAAUUCAAAUUUCUUUUUCAAUUGCUAUGGCUGCUUUGUUUUAUACUCCAAUGGUAUUCGUAUAUAGAUUUCUAGAGGCCAUUCAAUUAGAAGAUCGUAGUGAGGCAUUGGAAUGGGGAUUUAUUUAUUUAAUUGGUAUUUUGUUGGCCAAUAUCAUUUUACAAUUAAUAAUUGCACAAAGUAGGUAUUGGUGUACUGGUAUUUUACAGAUUAGACUUAAAGGAAUGUUAACUGCCGAAAUUUACUCUAAAAGCUUGAAAAGAGUCGCCACCUCUUCUUCUCGUGGAUCGAAAUCCAAUAAUAAAAUUAUCAAUGAUCAAAAGAUCAACAUGAGUAAUGAUGCUGCUGCUAUUAGUAAAUCAGAAGAACCAAGUAAGACAGCAUCAAUUGGUAAAAUCACAAAUUUAAUGGCGGUUGAUGCAUCACAAAUUUAUGGAUUCUCUGAAACUUACAGUGAAAUUAUAAAAUGCCCUAUUGAAUUGUUUAUUGGGUUCUUUUUUUUAUACGAGUUAUUGGGUUUAUCAUGUCUUGUUGGAUUAUUGGUGCUCGCUAUCACAUUUCCUAUAAAUCAAGCUGCAGCCAGGCGUUAUUCUCUGGUUCAAGAAAGACUUAUGAAGUGGAGAGAUCACCGUGUCAACUUGAUGCAUGAGAUUCUUCAAGGAAUAAGGAUGAUCAAAUAUUUUGCAUGGGAAAGAAAUUUAGAAAAUAGAAUUUUAGAUGUUCGUAUGCAAGAAAUUAAACAUUUAAAAAAAUCAUUUCUUUACCAAAUUUUAUUUGAUUUGUUGUGGAUAUCUACACCUGUUUUUAUCACACUUUCUGUGUUUUUCAUGUACACGAUCAUAUUAGGAAACACAUUAACAGUUCCUGUGGCAUUCACUACAAUCAUGAUCUUUAAUGAAUUACAAUAUACAUUCAAUCUCUUACCUGAAACCAUAAUGAAAGCAUUACAAGUAUUGAUUAGUGUGGAACGUAUUGAUCGUUUUUUGGAUGAAGAUGAAAUUGAAUAUUUGGAUCCGGAGCAUUAUUUGAAUAAUUUAGCUGAGCAAAUAAUUGGAUUUGAAAAUGCUACUGUCACUUGGAAUAAUAAUGCUGUUUAUAUUAACGAAGAAGAAAUUCAAGAAUACCAGGACGAGGAUGAUGAAGUGGAAGAUUAUGAAAAUGCUGCUGUUGAUGGUGAUGGAAUGCUAUUUGUUAUGAGAGAUUUGAAUCUUGAGUUUCCUAUUGGCGAAUUAAGCAUAAUUUGUGGGCCCACUGGAUCUGGAAAGACAAUGCUUCUGGUGUCUCUUCUUGGAGAAACAAAUUUAAGACAUGGAAUGAUAUAUUGUCCGAGAUCACCAAUCAACCAAUUCAAAACAAACAUCAAUUCAUCAGACUGGAUUCUACCAAAUGGUGUUGCAUACGUAGCACAACAAGCAUGGUUACAAAAUUUGUCUAUACGUGAUAACAUUUUGUUUGGGCUACCAUAUGAUGAAACACGUUAUAAUGAAGUCAUAGGGGUUUGCGCGUUAGAACAAGAUUUUUUGACUUUUUCAGAUGGUGAUUUAACUGAAAUUGGAGAAAAAGGCAUCACGUUGUCCGGUGGACAAAAACAACGAUGUGCUUUAGCCAGGGCUGUCUAUUCUAGAGCAAAACAUAUCUUGAUUGAUGAUAUAUUCAGUUCUGUUGAUGUACACACCGCUAGACAUAUAAUGAAAGAGUGUUUAUUGGGUCCUUUAAUGGAAAACCGUACACGGAUCCUUGUGACUCAUCAUGUUAGAUUAUGUUUAACUGCGGCAUCUUAUUUGGUAUGUUACUUGGCACAUAACGGAAAUCAACUUACUUGCUUGGUUAUUUUUAAUGGAUCACCAUCUGAAUUUCAAGACUUUAGUCAUUUGUCAUUUAUUCUUGAAGGAGUUGAUGAUAGUGAAAUAAUGGAUCCUGUUGUUGACAAUGAAAUAUAUGACAAAAUUGAUGACGAGCAACAUAAAGUAUUUUAUUCAUCUCACGCUGCCGAACCUUCCACCGCAUCAUCUAUAACUGUCGUAGAUCCUCAAAUUCAAUUCAAUGAUAUAAGAUUGUCAAAUAAAAAUAAAAAACCUAAAGUUCUUGUUGAAAAAGAAGCAAGAGCGGUUGGAUCGGUCAAGUUGAGUGUUUAUGGAAUUUAUUUGAGCGCUAAUGGACAUAUACUAUAUUGGAUGAUGGCAACGUUAUUGUUUGCUGGUACAAGAUGUUUACAAAUUUUAGGCAGUUGGUGGCUUAAACAAUGGUCAUCAGCAAAUGAAAAAAAUGAAUUAGUAUCGAGUGGAAGUGGUGUUCUUCAUCUUGACAAUUCAUCCUAUAAAGUUAUAACAGAUAAUCUCUUAUUAAACAACCAUACCAAUAACUUCGACGUUGAUAAUGGCAAUGACAAACAACAUGAUGUUGCUUAUUACUUUGGACUUUAUGUUUUGAUUACAUUAUCCUCGAUGGUUUUAGGCGUAGCGAGAUUUGCGUGGCUUUAUCGUGGAUCAUUGAAAGCUUCAAGGAUCUUGCAUAAAAAAUUAUUACACAGAGUGAUUAAAGCACCACUCAGAUUUUUUGAUAAGACACCUGUUGGUAGAUUACUAAAUAGGUUUGGUAAAGAUUUUGAAGCACUUUUAAUGGUUGUUGGCACAACUUUGGUUAUUACAGUUAUCACAAAAGAAUUUAUUAUUAUUGCAAUAUUAGUUGGAUUUUUUUAUUUAUGGGUUGGAACCUUAUAUGCAAAAACAUCACGAGAACUCAAAAGAUUGGAUUCAAUUACAAGAUCACCAAUAUAUUCACAUUUCACCGAGACCCUAGUUGGGAUUGCAACAAUUAGAGCAUUUGGUGCUACCAAAAGAUUUAUGAAAGAAAUGUUAACUGGUCGACCAUUUUUCUAUGGAUGGAUAAUAAAAAGAUGGUUGCAAAUUCGAUACAAUAUCACUGGAUCAUUUAUAACAUUUCUUGCAGGACUUUUAAUUUUAUAUAAUCUUGAUUCGAUUGAUGCAGGUCUGGCUGGUCUCUCGUUGACAUUUGCUAUUCAUUUCACAGAACAAAUUAUGUGGAGUGUAAGAAAAUAUACACAAUUGGAAGUUAGUUUGAAUGCUGUCGAAAGAAUUAGCGAAUUCAUCAAUUUACAACAACAAGAACCACCUGCAAUAAUUGAACCUAGACCACCUGCAAGUUGGCCAUUUAGUGGAGAGAUUGUGGUGGAGAGAUUGGAGGUGAGGUAUGAUGAUGAUUUGGAUGCUGUAUUAAAGAAUAUAAGUUUUCACGUUUAUCCACAAGAGAAAAUUGGAAUUGUUGGAAGAACUGGAUCAGGAAAAUCAACAUUAACAUUAUCGUUACUUAGAUUUUUGGAGCCAACAAAAGGUAGAAUUAUAGUUGAUGAUAUAUUAUCACAAUAUGACGAUGAAGAAAUUUAUGAGGCAUUGAAAAGAGUACAUUUAUUAUCAUCUAAAUAUUACAAUGGGGGUAAAAAUUUUAGUCAAGGACAAAGACAAUUAUUAUGUCUUGCAAGAGCUUUAUUAAGAAGAUCUAAAAUUAUUUUAAUGGAUGAGGCGACUGCCAGCAUCGAUUUUCAAAUGGAUAAAAAGAUUCAAGAAAUGAUUAAAAGUGAGCUUGUUGAUUGUACUAUAUUAUGUAUUGCACAUAGGUUAAAGACAGUUAUUGAUUAUGAUAGAAUCCUGGUUAUUGGGAAGAAUUGUAGAAUUUGA